GAAAAAGGGGUGGACUUAGGUUUCCUUUUCAUCCGUUUUAGCUGUCAACCAAAAAUCCAUCCGGAAAUUUAAGUAACUUUUCCCAUUUAAUUGUUAAUAAUUCGGCCUUUUUAUUUAUAGAUAUUUUGAAACACAUUAACUGAGCAUGUGGAGAUUCAAGCCAUCAAAAUAUAAGAACGCAGUACCAAAAAUUCCUAAAAAAAGAGAAGGAUGGAUUACAGACAUUUCCGUGGGCUCUCUUCCUUCGUUUGGAAAUCAUAUUAAAGCCAGUGCUGCAUACAUUGCUUUUAACAUUGAUUCAGGAGGUGGUGGAAAUCUGGGUAUUUUAACAUUAAAUGAUUCUGGUAGUAAAAGCAGAAAUCUUCCUGUUCUACAUGCUCAUUCAGAAUUUAUCACAGAUUUUGAUUUCUGUCCCUAUGAUGAUGGUAUUUUAGCCACUGGUUCUCAAGAUCAACAUGUAAAACUGUGGCGAAUCACUGAUGAGAGCUUAAAAAGCAAUAUACCAUGUAAUCCUGAAGUUGAUAUAUUAUGUCAGUGUAAAGUAGAAGUAUUGAAAUUUCAUCCACAAGCUGACUGCAUUUUAUCAGUAGCUGAGGACAACUGUAUUCGCCUUUGGGAUAUUAAUACAAAACAAAAUAUUUAUGAUGGUAUGUGUUAGUCAAAAGGUUGAGAACUACUGCUCUAUGGGAUUAAGUUUGCGGGGAUUAGGAGGCCAAUCCAAAAGGUGUUCGUCCAACCAGUCAUCAUUACCCUUGAUUAUGCUGAAAAUUGUCAUCCUGGAAUAUGCUAGAAGUAUUUGAAUGGAAGUAUUGUAUCAUGGGAUGUACAUAAUCACCUAAUAGACUUGCAUGCACAGAGUAUGUCACACUGGAAUCCAUGCCAGUAGAAGUGCCUGUACAUGCCAGUAGAAGUACCUGUACCUAUCAAUGGCCAAGUUAUAAAAUUGCUAAAUACUGAUAUUUUUUCCAGCAAGAGAGUUGACUACAUGUAAAUUGUAAUGGUUUUCCUCAUUUAUCAUGUGAAUUCAAGUCAGUUUCUCAUAAAAAGCAACCCUGCCCUUAGGCAAA